AUGAAGAACCUAGUCAAGCAAAUCCGAUUCCCAGCGCUCGAGGACAUCCUCAACUUCGCACAAAAUGUCGCAGAAACCUCGGGCCGAUGGGUCAACUGGCAGAUCAUACGAGGCAUGCGACAUGUAUGGUGGGAGACGGACUGGGACGUGCUAUCCCGAUGGGCGCAAUCGAUCAUCGAAACAGAAGAGCGCCUGCGCGAAAUCACCCAACGCGAGACCUUCGUCAAGAAGAAUAUCUAUAGGUUCCACAACGGCUCCGACGAAGCAGCCAAAUCGGUUCUGCCGGAUUUCAUCGAAGAGCUGAUAGCUCUGGACCACGAGUACACGCGCCUCGAGCGGAUAUACGAUACCCUCCUAGCGGGCUGUCCCGUGGGCCCUAUCAAGGGCGGAUACCUGUGGAUUCGAAAGCAGCCGCAGUGGCAUCUCAGGAAUGAGACCAUCUGGGCUCCAGGAACAGUCAGGCUAGAAGAUAUCCACCAAUCCAGAGACCAACUGGUCCUAUUCCCCACGCCAUCAGCCGACCCCAACGAUCCUCUCAAUUGGUCAACAGCUCGCAAAGCCCUCAACUUCACCCUAGUAAGCUUCUUCGUGCUAUGGACUUUUGUCCAACUCGACAUCGGCUUUACAGCAUGGGGCCCAAUGCAAGACGAGCUCAACUUCUCAGUCGAUCUACUAAACGCCAACGCAGCGGUCAAUUACGGCGGUCUUGCUAUAGGCUGCAUAUUCUUUAUGCCCCUGGUCCACAAGUACGGCCGACGCCCAAUCUACAUAUUCAGCGUGGCCGUACAAUUCGCAUCAUCCAUCUGGCAAGCCGAGAUGUACACGGUCGGCGAUCUAAUGGGUAGCGGCCUGAUAUCCGGCAUCGGCGGCGCAAUCAGCGAGAUAGUUGUGCAGAUUACCAUCGCGGACAUGUUCUUCGUGCACCAGCACGCCACUAUGAACGGCUGGUAUGUCGUCGUCCAGUGUGCAGGAGCAUUCCUUGGCCCCGUAGCAUCGGGAUACAUCGUGGUGGCACAAGGGUGGAGGUGGAUGUGGUGGUGGUGUGUCAUUUUCUUCGGUGUCACACUCCUCUGUGUGGUAUUCCUUUUCGAGGAGUCAAAAUAUGUCCCUUAUCUGGAUGGUCGGGAGUUUAUUGCGGAUGCACAAGUGACCGAUGAACCGUCCAAAUCACACAAAGAUAGGGACGCAGCAGAUGCAAAGAGCGCCAAUGAGACGAUCGCUAGCCCCGUACAUACCAACCCGGCUAUUCAGAUGAAGACGUAUUUUCAGCGGAUGGCUUUGGUGACCAUCACCAACGAAGCUCUGUGGCCGCAUUUUUAUCAGCCAAUCGUGGCGCUCUUUACCUUCCCGGCUGUUUCGUAUGCAGCUAUCACAUACGGAUCUAUGCUGAGCUGGUUCGCGAUCAUGACUUCCUUACAGGCAUCCUACAUGAUCAUACCACCCUAUAACUUCGACGCCAUUGGGGUUGGGCUGAUGAAUGUGGCUCCAUUUGUUGGCGCUCUUCUAGGUUUCCCCUUUGGUGGACAUUUGAGCGAUAAAUCUAUUUUAUGGUUAUCCAAGCGCAAUGGCGGUAUUUACGAACCGGAGAUGCGUCUUUGGCUUGCUCUGCCUCUUGCCAUUAUUGGCCCCGCGGGGAUAUUAAUGUUCGGUUUGGGUCUUGCCUAUGGUGUGCACUGGGCUCUUCUUGCCGUCGGAUUUGGAUUCUUUGGAUUUACACUCGCUUCAAUUAGCGGUAUCACCCUCUCGUAUCUCAUGGAUUGCUAUCAAGACAUCAUUAGCGACGCAUUAGUCGGAGUGAUUUUUAUGCGAAAUAUCUUCUCGGUGGUUGUACUUUUUGCGUUGACACCUUGGGUUGAUGGGAUGGGUUUGCGAGACUUGCAUAUUCUGCUUGCAGUUAUUGCACUGGUGGUCCUGUUGAUUCCUGUUCCACUUCUUGUCUGGGGUAAGAAGGCUAGGUUUGCUACGGCCUCGAGUUAUAGGAAAAUGGCGGCAAAUCAGCUUUGCCACCGGACUACUUAG